AUGACUUCCAACGGCACCAACGGCGUGAACGGUGCGAACGGCGCCACCUCCUACCACGCCCCCUCCACCCACGCCGCCAUCCAGGCCGAAAAGGAAUUCGCCGCUCACAACUACCACCCCCUGCCCAUCGUCUUUGCCCGCGCCCAGGGAACCACUGUCUGGGACCCCGAGGGCCGCGAGUACCUGGACUUCCUGUCCGCCUACUCCGCCGUCAACCAGGGCCACUGCCACCCCAAGCUGGUCGCCGCCCUGGUCGACCAGGCCUCCCGCCUGACCCUCAGCUCCCGCGCCUUCUACAACGAUGUGUUCCCCCGCUUUGCCGAGUUCGUCACCCAGUACUUCGGGUUCGACAUGGUCCUGCCCAUGAACACCGGUGCGGAGGCGGUGGAGACGGGAAUCAAGAUCGCCCGCAAGUGGGGGUACAAGGUCAAGGGGAUUCCGGAGAACCAGGCGCUCGUUCUGAGUGCGGAGAACAACUUCCACGGACGCACGUUUGCGGCCAUCUCGCUGUCGUCCGACCCCGAGUCGCGUGAGAACUAUGGCCCGUAUCUGCCCGGUAUCGGCUGCGCCAUUCCCGGAACGGACAAGCCCAUCACCUACAACGAUAAGGCCGCCCUGCGGGAAGCCUUCGAGACGGCCGGCCCCAACCUGGCCGCCUUCCUGGUGGAGCCCAUCCAGGGCGAGGCCGGCAUCGUCGUCCCCGACGACGACUACCUCCAGGAGGCCCGCGCCCUGUGCGACAAGCACAACGUGCUGCUGAUCUGCGACGAGAUCCAGACCGGCAUCGCCCGCACCGGCAAGCUGCUCUGCCACGAGUGGAGCGGCAUCAAGCCCGACAUGGUGCUGCUGGGCAAGGCCAUCUCCGGCGGCAUGUACCCCGUCUCUGCCGUCCUGGGCCGCAAGGACGUCAUGCUCACCAUCGAGCCCGGCACCCACGGCUCCACCUACGGCGGCAACCCCCUGGCCUGUGCCGUCGCCAUCCGCGCCCUCGAGGUCGUCCAGGAGGAGCAGCUGGUCGAGCGUGCCGAGAAGCUGGGCCACGUCUUCCGCGACGGGCUGCGCGCCAUCGGCAGCCCCGUGAUCGAGACGGUGCGCGGAAAGGGUCUGCUCAACGCCGUCGUCAUCGACGAGUCCAAGACCAACGGCCACUCCGCGUGGGAUCUGUGCAUGCUGCUGAAGUCGAAGGGAUUGCUGGCCAAGCCCACCCACGAGAACAUCAUCCGUCUGGCGCCGCCCCUGGUGAUCACCGACGAGGAGGUCCAGAAGUCCCUGGAGAUUAUCAAGGCCGCGGUGACGGAGCUGCCCACGCUCACCGGUGCCGUGGAGGACCAGAUCAUCCCCCCGCCGGAGAAGAAGGUCAAGGUCAGCCUUGAGAACUAAGCCCCGACCGAGGGCAGGACGGGUCCCGAUGGAGACAUCGGGACAAACCCAGCACAUUGACGCGACCGCGACAAUGUCUGAUCUCGUCAGCAUCGCGCGGACGCACCCGACCAGGACGGUGGCUCGUCACUGUUCAACAGUAUGAGACCGACAUUGGUACGCCAUCGUCCGUCGUGGAAGGCUCCAGCGCACGCAGGAGGAUCCGGUCGCGUGUCGCCGGACCCCCGGCGCAGCGAGAUGCCGUAUUCGAUCGCACGGUUGAAGCGACGGGACGAUAAUUCAUGAUUGUAUUAUGCGUGAUGACCCUAGGAAAAUUCCCAUGCAGAAGAUUCCCAACCG